AUGAAUCGAGGGAGGAAAAUAUGCACAAUGAAAUUGUUCAGGGUAUUGAUGUACAACCCAGGAUUAGUACUACUAAUUCUGAUAUUCUCAUCACUCAUGUACUGCACUGAGAAAGUAAGCAAACAUAACAAUGGAAAAGAUGAUUUCGUGCUAAAAACGCUAGCAAUUGAUAAAAAAAAGCUAGAUCCAUCCUAUUUUUACAAAUAUGAUAAUAUAGAAUGGAAUGGGAAAAUAAUAGCUAUUGGAGAUAUACAUGGAGAUAUAGAAAGUUUGAAAUUAAUUUUAAGACAUUCAAAUUUGAUAAAUGAAAAUGAUGAUUGGAUUGGUGAAAAUACAUUGCUAGUACAAGUAGGAGAUAUACUAGAUCGAGGAAUUUAUGGACCAAUGAUUUAUGACUAUUUAUUUAAGUUACAAAAAGAAGCGAUUUUUAAAAAUAGUAAAAUUAUUUUAAUACUUGGAAAUCAUGAACAGUUAAAUUUAUGUGGUUAUUUUGAUUAUGUAAAUAAAAAAGAAGUGGAAUUAUUUUUUAAAAAUAAUUAUAACUAUAGAUUAUACCAUUUUGUACACAAGAAAGGGAAAUAUUUUCAAAAAUUAAUUCGUCUACCAGCAAUAGCAAAGGUAAAUGACAUUUUAUUUGUUCAUGCAGGGAUAAGUAAAUACAUAUCUUUAUUUAGCUUAAAUACCAUACGUUUAAAAACAAGGUUACAAGUAGAAAAUAUGUGUAAUGUGUUACCAUAUGAUAAAUCACACAAUUAUGUAACACGUGAUGGGGUGCUAUGGUAUGAUUAUGUUUCACGCACAGUACCGUAUAAUCAUAAAGAAGCAUGUUCAAUUUUAUCUCACGUUUUUAAACAAUACAAGGCGAAAUAUUUAGUGGUUGGCCAUACAAAACAAUCAUCACAUGAAAUUAGCUACUACUGUAAUCAUAGAUUUUUUCUUAUCGACACUGGAAUGAGCCUUUUUAUGAACAAUGGUCAGCAUUAUCCCAAUUAUCUUGUCAUUCAAGAUGGAGUAUUCAAAGCAAUCCAUUUAGAUGUUGAGAAAAAGAACAAAAAAAAAAUCUGUGAUUCGAUGGAAAUAGAGUUGAGCAACCCUAACAAGCAGAGUUUCUGUGUUCAGUCCAAAGAAACCAACCUUUCUCCAUCUCUUAUCAGCUGA